AUUGAUCAUUUUCCACUCCUACUGUUCUUUCCAAUUUCAAGUUAAUAAUCUGAAGUUCUCAACCCUAGUACCAACCCCUUAAACCCUUCCGCCGGAGCAGCACCGUCACCGCCUCCACCCCCACCCCUACCCUCACCCUCACCUACACACUCUCCCCUUCAAUACCCAAUUCUCAAAAAAUGUCAACUAGAGCAAUUUCAAGACUAAAAAUCCCAUCUUUAUUUCUCCUUAAACACCUUUCAGUUGUUUCUCCAUUACCAAAAAUCUCUUCAAACUUAGCCUCUUCUUCUUGUUCCUCAACAUGGGUCCCACAGUUUUCUAGAAGUUUCUUAGGGGUUGUGAGAUUUUACCAUGAUGGAAGACCAAGAGGACCACUUUGGAGGGGUAAAAAGUUAAUAGGAAAAGAAGCAAUAUUUGUGAUACUUGGGUUAAAAAGAUUCAAAGAUGAUGAAGAAAAGCUUGAUAAGUUUGUUAAAACACAUGUACUUAGGCUGUUAAAAAUGGACUUGAUUGCUGUCCUUAAUGAACUUGAAAGACAAGAAGAGGUUUCUCUUGCUGUUAAGGUGUUUUGGGUGAUUCAGAAACAGGACUGGUACCAACCCGAUGUUUAUCUUUACAAGGACCUGAUCAUAGCAUUGGCUAGACGGAGAAAGAUGGAUGAUGCAAUGAAGUUAUGGGAGAGCAUGAGAAAGGAAGAUCUAUUUCCCGAUUGUCAGACAUUCACUGAAGUUAUUCGGGGCUUCUUGAGAGACGGAUCUCCUGCAGAUGCUAUGAACAUUUUCGAGGACAUGAAAAAGUCUCCGUAUCCACCCGAGGAGCUGCCUUUCAGGAUUUUAUUGAAGGGACUUUUGCCACAUCCCCUAUUAAGGAACAGAGUUAAGCAAGACUUUGAGGAGAUUUUUCCUGAUCGGCAUAUAUAUGAUCCUCCGGAGGAGAUUUUUGGAUUACGUUGAGGCUUUGAAGAACAGAGCCAUACAGUUGUCUUUGCUGCUGCGGAAAUAUUUAUUAGUGGAGACACGCAUGAUAUAUCCAGUUCUAAGAAGCUUCUUCUACCUUGAUAUCUUAUAGUACACAAAUGCUGUUAGCUCGUUCGAAAGGUAUAUCCUCCUUUUGAUGACUUACCGAGAGUGAGUAACGGUGUUUCUGCUAUCUUUGGUCGCGGAAAUACCAUAAGAAUGAGUAGUUCUUAUGGUUUUGUUGCUGGAUCAGACGUGUUGAUGCUAGUUCGAAGUUCAAGAUAUUUAUCUUAACCCCUUAGCCGUUUGGACUAGGAGUUUGCUGCUGCUUAUUUGGCUGCUACUUGGUACUGGUGUGAACUUGGGAAAUAAAUUAACUUCUCCGCGAUCAGCAGAAUAUUCAUUUUUUCCUUGCAGGGAACUUGUUCAGCUUUAAGUUACUAUUCCAUAACUGGUAAAGUUGCUGUCGUGUGAUCAGAAGGGCACGGGUUCGAGACGUGGAAACAACCACUUGCAGAAAUGCAGGGUAAGGCUGCAUACGAUAGACCCUUGUGGUCCGGCCCUUCCCCGGACCCCGCACAUAGCGAGAGCUUAAUGCAGCGGGCUGCCCUUUUAUUCUGUAGCUAGCUCAAUAGUAUGAUCACUUGGUAUCUUUCGUGAAAUUUUGAUUGUUAUCAACAUAGUCUAUAAGGUGUUUAUGACAUUUUGAGGGUUAAAGUGUAGAAUGGUGUUACAUUUAGUUACAAUACUAUAGACAUAGAAACUAGUCAACUAUCUAUAAUUCUUCUUAUUGCAUUUUGUAUUCAGUUCUCAGAAUCCAGUUUA